AACCAUCAUGAAAAUGUUUACUUUGAUGCCAAGAGCCCAACUUCACUAGGAACUCACCCUCCAACUGCUUGAAGACACCUGUCCUUAGUUGAAUACUGGGACUCAUUAGACAAUGGGCACUGCAUAUUAAGCAGGGGUGGAAGACUGAAGCCCAUCUGGGGACAGAAUGAGUUUAAAAGAUGCUGACAGUGCAGUUUGCCAGGCAAAGGCAGCCUAUAAUCUUCAUAUUUACCCCCAACUCUCAACAGAAAGCGCUCCCUGCUGCAAAGUGACAGCAACCAAGGACAGCACAUCAUCAGAUGUCAUCAAGGAUGUGAUCAACAUCUUAAACUUGGAUGUCUCCAAGCAUUAUGUCCUGGUGGAGGUGAAGGAGUCAGGUGGAGAAGAAUGGGUGCUGGACAUCAACGAUUCCCCCGUGCACAGGGUGCUGCUGUGGCCGCGGCGCGCUCAGGACGAGCACCCUCAGAAGGAUGGCUACUACUUCCUGCUGCAGGAGAGGAACACUGAUGGCUCCAUCAAGUACAUGCAGAUGCAGCUGCUCUCCAAGGAGACGGAUGCCAGGCGUCUGGUGGAGAGGGGAUUUCUGCCCUGGCACCAGGAGGACUUUGAUGAUCUCUGCAAUCUGCCCAACCUGACCGAGACAACGCUCCUGGAGAAUCUCAAGUGCCGCUUCCUGAAGCACAGAAUCUACACUUAUGCAGGGAGCAUCCUGAUUGCAAUUAACCCCUUCAAGUUCCUGCCCAUUUAUAACCCCAAGUAUGUCAAGAUGUAUGAGAACCAUCAGCUUGGGAAGUUGGAGCCUCACAUUUUUGCCAUUGCUGAUGUGGCCUAUCACACAAUGCUUAAAAAACACGUUAACCAGUGCAUCGUUAUAUCAGGUGAAAGUGGGUCUGGGAAAACCCAAAGCACAAACUUCUUAAUUCACUGCCUCACUGCACUGAGCCAGAAAGGGUACGCCAGUGGUGUGGAGAGAACCAUUCUGGGAGCUGGACCAGUUCUGGAGGCAUUUGGAAAUGCAAAAACAGCACAUAACAAUAACUCCAGUCGUUUUGGGAAGUUCAUUCAAGUCAACUAUUUAGAGAAUGGGAUUGUCAGGGGGGCUGUGGUUGAAAAAUACCUGCUUGAAAAAUCUCGUCUGGUUUCUCAAGAAAAAGAUGAAAGGAACUACCAUGUCUUUUAUUAUUUGCUACUUGGAGUCAAUGAGGAGGAGCGUAAAGAAUUUCACCUCAAGCAACCUGAAGAUUAUUUCUACCUCAACCAGCAUAACUUGAAAAUUGAAGAUGGGGAAGAUCUCCGACAUGAAUUUGAGAGAUUAAAACAAGCCAUGGAGAUGGUUGGCUUCCUUUCAGCAACAAAGAAACAGAUCUUUUCAAUCCUUUCAGCAAUUCUGUAUUUGGGCAAUGUCAGCUACAAGAAGAAAGCCACAGGUCGGGAUGAAGGGUUGGACGUGGGACCUCCUGAAGUGUUGGACAUUCUCUCCCAGCUGUUGAAAGUUAAACGUGAAAUCCUGGUAGAAGUGCUAACAAAAAGAAAAACUGUGACUGCUAAUGAUAAGCUUAUUUUGCCAUAUAGUCUCAAUGAGGCAAUAACAGCUCGAGAUUCCAUGGCCAAGUCCCUGUACAGUGCUCUGUUUGACUGGAUUGUUCUGAGGAUCAAUCAUGCACUCCUCAACAAGAGGGACAUGGAGGAAUCUGUUACAUGUCUGUCCAUUGGUGUACUUGAUAUUUUUGGAUUUGAAGAUUUUGAAACCAACAGUUUUGAGCAGUUCUGCAUAAAUUAUGCAAAUGAGCAACUUCAGUAUUAUUUCAAUCAGCACAUUUUCAAAUUGGAGCAGGAGGAAUAUAAGAGUGAAGGGAUCACUUGGCACAAUAUUGACUAUACUGAUAACGUGGCCUGCAUUCACUUAAUCAGCAAGAAGCCCACUGGUCUCUUCUAUCUUCUGGAUGAAGAAAGCAAUUUUCCACAUGCCACCAACCAAACUCUGCUGGCAAAAUUCAAACAGCAGCACGAGGAGAACAAGUUCUUUGUUGGAACCCCAGUGAUGGAGCCUGCUUUUAUCAUUCGCCACUUUGCUGGCAAAGUGAAAUACCAGAUCAAAGAUUUCAGGGAGAAGAACAUGGAUUACAUGAGGCCUGACAUCGUGGCCCUGCUGCGCAGCAGCGACAGCGCCUUCGUGCGGGAGCUGAUCGGGAUGGACCCGAGUGGUACGUCAAGGACCCAGAGUUCCCCUUGGAGAACUCCAGAGAUCCAACACGCCGGUAGAAAAAGUUUAUCGCCUCUCAGUGCUCGAUUUCUCAUUUGAUUGUUCUGAGGAUUUCGAUAUAAAUGCUUUCCAAGACAUCAUUUCUUUUUGUGAGAACAAGAAAGACAUGCAUGAACAAAUCAUCGCCAGUAUUAAAGGCCUGCCCUGGCAGGGUGAUGAUCCCUGCGAGCUGCUUCGGUCCCUCAGUCAGCUUCAACACCGCUCCCACCUCCUGAAAAGUAAAGGUGUCAAGCAAAAGCAGAUCAUUCCCAAGAACUUGCUGGAUUCCAAAUCUCUGAAGCUCAUCAUGAGCAUGACUCUGCAUGACCGGACUACAAAGUCCCUUUUGCACUUGCACAAGAAGAAGAAACCCCCCAGCAUAAGUGCCCAGUUCCAGUCUUCACUGAACAAGUUGCUGGAGACGCUGGGCAGAGCUGAGCCAUUCUUCAUCCGCUGCAUCCGCUCCAACGCAGAGAAGAGGGAGAUGCUCUUUGAUGAGAGCUUGGUGCUGCAGCAGUUACGGUACACGGGCAUGCUGGAAACUGUGCGGAUCAGGAGGUCUGGCUACAGUGCCAAAUACACAUUCCAGGAAUUCAUUGACCAGUUUCAGGUGUUACUGCCCAAAAAUGCCAAAGCCUCCAAGGAAGACAUCUGUGCUUAUUUGAAUAAACUAAAGCUGAAUGAAAACUACUAUCAAAUAGGGAAGACCAAGGUUUUUAUGAAAGAGGCUGAACGACAGAUACUACAGGAUACACUACACAAAGAAGUGAUCAGGAAAAUCAUCCUCCUUCAGAGCUGGCUCAGGAUGGUUUUGGAGAGGAGACGCUUUCUCAGGAUGCGGCAGGCAGCCAUUGUUUUACAGGCGUGCUGGCGCUCGCGCCGUGUCAGGAUGGGCCUGCAGAGGAACAACGCUGCCAUCGAGAUCCAGGCGGCCUGGAGGCGCCACCGGCAGAGGAAACGCUUCCUGCAGCUCAGGAGGAGCAUUUGUCUCCUGCAGGCCCUGGUCAGGGGGCACCUGCAGAGGAAGAGAUACCAGAAGAUGGUUCUAGAAAGGCAGAAAGCUCAAGAAGAGCAGAAGGAAAUGCAGGAAGAUGAAGACAAAGAGCAAGAUACGAGCAAGACGUCCAACAUAGAUGAAGAUAAGAACAAGGAUGAGCAGAGUGAGCCAGCAACAGAUGUGAAACACGAGUCAGAGACAGAUCACGCUGUUGAAGAUAAAGAUCAAGCUCAGAAUGAGCAAGCUGAAAAGCUGAGCUCGUCUGAGAAAAGCCAGAAGCACACGGUGGAGGGCUCGGAGAGAGCGAGCAACAGCCGGGAGAAGCGGGAAUCCCGCCGGCAGAGGGGGCUGGAGCACAACGACUUGCAGAACAAGCAUGCGCUCCUGUCCUUGGAGGGACCGUCUGCAUUGUGCCACGAGGAGCAAACUGUUUCUGAACAAGCCCUGGAAAGUGCUCCAGAGACAGAGAAAUCCACAGCACAAGAAGAUAAUGCCCUUCAGGGAAGCAGUGAGGGAGAGAAAAGUCCAAGUGAAGAAAAAACUCUUUCAGAUACUCCACCAUCAAGUGAGAUAAAAGAAAGUGAUUCUGUUCCUGAGCAACCACCUGGAUCAGAGGCAGAGGACAGGGCAGCUGAUAGAACAAAACCACAACAGAAUCAAAAUAACCAAAUAAAAAGCAGCCAAAGCUUUACCUGCCCUGAAAGGCCCACAGAUCUUGCACUGAAAGUUCACAGCACACUGUCUGCUGGUGGCAGCUUUCAUGGCCCUGCUGACUGCUGGGCAGAGAGAAACAGGAGGCAGAGGGCAGCCAAAGACCUGGACAGCAACACUUCUGCAAUCCAGAGAUAUGUGGAUGACCCAGAGAAGCUAAAGUACAAGAGAGAGAAGUGGAAAGGCAAGAGGCAGUCUGACUCUGGCCAGAAUGAUGUGCUGAGUCAGUCUCUGGAUGGAAGGAUACGUGUGGAUAAGUCUCCUCAGGAUCAGCUAGAGAAGAAGGGGAGUUCAGCUUCAUUAAGUGACCUUUCAGCACUGGCCCAGACUGUUGCCAUGAACCAGCUGUCACCAGAGCCAAUUGAAGAAGAAAAAGGCAACAAGAAAUGCCCAGUGCAGAAGAAGCCCAGUGACCACUUCCCCAGCUCGGACACGGCCGCUGCCAUGCAGCCAGCGAGUCAGCAAGGGGAUGCCAAGUCUGCUUUCAAAAGCCCUUUGCGGAGACUUUUGGGGAAAAAGCCAGACAAGAAAAUUGCAAAGGAGAGUCCUGAUGUGAUUGAGGAAGGAGAUGGCCUCUCCCUGGUGUCUUGUGUCCUCUUUACAGACACAGGAGGUGUCCAGAAAGUUUCAGAGGGUUCCUCGGGGCAGCCAGGCCGGCCCCAGGCUGGGAAGGAGAGCAGCAAAGCCAAGAAGAACAGAACCAUAAAGAUCAGCAAGAUCUCCAGCGCGUCCCAGAACUGGCGCGCGUCCAUGGUGCGGGAGAUUGCCAACGCCAACGAGCUCAAACACCUGGAUGAGUUCCUCCUGAACAAGAUCAAUGACUUACGCUCCCAGAAGUCUGGUGUUGAAUGUUUGUUUUUUGAAGCCACAGAGAAGUUCAGAGGAAACAUCAAGACCAUGUACUCUGCUCCUAAUGGACAAAUCCAUGUUGGCUAUAAAGAUCUGGUGGAAAAUUACCAGCUCCUAGUUACAAACCUGGCCAAAAAAAGGGAAGAGAAAGAAGUCAAGCUGGUUUUGAAUCUCUUUCUAUCCCUUCUGGAUGAAUUCAUUAGAGGAUAUACAAAGAAAGAGGAACCUGAGCAGCCCAAGCAAACCAAAGCCCAGAAGAAGAAACGGAAGCAGGAUCGUGCAAUUGAAGAGCACAAUGGCCACGUGUUCACAAAUUACCAAGUGAGCAUCCGGCAGUCGUGUGAGCACUGCUCCUCCUACAUCUGGCCCAUGGAGAAGGCCUGUCUGUGCAGUGUGUGCAAGCUGACUUGUCACAAGAAGUGCAUGUCCAAAAUCCAGAGCAGCUGUACCUCUUGUGGGAAAAAGGGCGAGCAGGACACCGAGUCCCUGCGGGGACACUUCGGGGUGUGCGUGAGCGCCCUGACCAGCGAGAGGAACUCGGUGCCCGUGGUCAUGGAGAAGCUGCUGGAGUACGUGGAGAUGCACGGGCUCUACACUGAAGGCAUCUACAGGAAGUCAGGAUCAGCAAAUCGCAUGAAGGAGCUGAAGCAGAUGCUGCAAGAAGACCCAAACUCAGUGAAACUGGAGAAUUACCCUAUUCACACCAUCACAGGGAUCCUUAAGCAGUGGCUGAGGGAAUUGCCAGACCCACUGAUGACCUCAGCACAGUACAAUGAUUUUCUCAGAGCUGUAGAACUGCCAGAGAAACAGGAGCAGCUCUGUGCCAUUUACAGUGUCCUGGAGAAGCUCCCACAAGCCAAUCACAAUACCUUGGAACGACUCAUCUUCCAUCUUGUCAAAGUGUCUUUGAUAGAAGAUGUGAACCGCAUGUCCCCCAACGCCUUGGCCAUCGUGUUUGCUCCGUGCCUCCUGCGCUGUCCCGAUACCUCUGACCCCUUGACCAGCAUGAAGGAUGUCUCAAAAACAACCAUGUGUGUAGAGAUGCUCAUAAAGGAGCAGAUAAGGAAGUACAAGAUAAAAAUGGAAGAAAUCAAUCAGCUGGAAGCAGCAGAGAGCUUUGCUUUCCGACGGCUCUCGUUGCUUCGGCAGAACACGCUCUGGCCUAUAAAACUUGGGUUCUCUUCCCCUUAUGAGGGGAAGCUGAGUAAAAGUUCUCAGGUCAAAGGAAGUGACAGUGGCACCUCAGAGCUGGACUCUGUGCACGAAGAGGAGGAUGUUUCUGAAGCCAACCGGGAGAAGGAGAUUCUCAUCGAUCGCAUACAGUCAAUAAAAGAAGAAAAGGAGGACAUCACUUACCGCUUACCUGAGCUCGACCAGCGAGGCUCUGACGAGGAAAACGUGGACUCGGAGACCUCUGCGAGCACAGAGAGCCUGCUGGAGGACAAACCAGGCCGGGUGGAUACCGAAGCAAUUAUUGGAUUAGACUGCUGUGCUCAGAGCUCCAGCGUGCCUGCCAAAGACAUUUGCAAAGUGCCUUCUCUCCCGCAAACCUCUUCAGAUUCUUACUCUGCACCCCUGGCUUCAAGGCGCAGAUACUCCUUAACACUGUCCAAGAUUAAAGUGCCCCGUCGAACUCCAGUGAUGCCAACAGCAAACAUAAAACUUCCUCCCGGGAUGUUCAAAUGUACAGAAUCCCAGGACGAGGCUUUCUCUGAGGAAAAGUGUCAGAGGGUGCAGCGGAGGGAGCAGCCAGCCAGGCGGACUGACAGCAUCCACUCGGUGUACAUUGCACAAGGGUCUGCACUGGCCCACGCUCAGGAACUCGGGGAUGAAUACGAACCCACAGCAAAACUCAAGCGCAGGUUCUCAGACCCCUACUCUCACAUUCCCUGUGUGGAGAAGUGAAAUUCUUCAGCGCUCUGGACUCUUCUUGAAGUUGACCACAGCUUUGGCUUUAACCCUUUGAGGGCUGUGAUCUUGUUCAUGGUCUUUUAAGGGGCUGCGGGGAAGGCAGCCCAGAAAUGUACAGUACUGUAAGGGUUAAGCAAGGUUGUUUAAAGCAAAUAUUCUCCACUUUAAAUUAAAACCUUGCAAAGAAGGUAAAGCAUCAUGUUGAAUAACAUGGAUCGAGUGUACAGGAACCAAGCCCCCCCAUUCCGCUGCUGUGCCUUUUCCAUUUGCCUUACAAUGGGUUCUCACGGGACCAACAGUCAGUUUAGGUCAAUGUGUGUUGCCUUAAUGUUUUGUAUGGUUUUAUGACAAUUUUCUCUAUGGUUUACAGAGCUGGUAAUAGCCUUAAUUGAGACCAACAUGUAUAAAAACGUUUAUUAAAACAUUGCACUUUUAAAAAAUA